UUGUGGUCAUGGCCAAAGGCAAGGUUACUCUGUGAUAAAUUAUUUUGAAGCCCUUGGAAAUGCCUUUCCUGAAGAAUCUGGAAAAGUUCAGAGACAUAUACUAGGGAAUGAGGACUGGUUCUUGCAGGAGUUCAAGAAAGGGAAUGCCGUGAGAAGGAGGAGAGUAGAGGCAAGCAGGCUUUGGUGUUCCACAGGCCUGGGUUCAAACCUUGAUUCUACAGGAAGAGAUAGUUCAGUUGUGACCAUAGAGUCCAGGAGAAGAUGUCAGAUCCUUUGGAGUUGAAGUCACAGGUGACUCUGAGCUGCCUGCCAUGAGUGCUGGAGAGGGCUGAAGCAGUCUUUUCCACAAAUGUUGCUCGGACGACUGCACUUUCACGGAUUAAAAAGUUGGCAGCGCCUGGCCAUGCCCUGGCGAUGACUAAUCUAUCAUAAGGAUGCCUGUCAGAAUCCAUGACAGGCGCAAAGCCGGACUCACAACGACAGUGCUUGCGUCUGGACCAUACGUGCUGUAUACAGUCGGAGGGAAGUUUUCAUGCUUCUCCAUGGUGUCAGCUCCCUGACAGUAGACCACCAAUGAUGCUGCCUUUAAAGCUGUCAUGCAUGCCAGCCCUGCUGCAGCCCCUCCAUUGAUUGGAGGCUCCUGGAGCUGCAAAGUUCAGAUUGUUGAACUGCAGCGCUUUGAGUCCGCUGCUUGCUCUGCCACAGUCAACCUCUGUUGUAAAUUUUCCUCCCGGAACACGUGACGAUGCAUUUCUUGACUAUAUAUCCCAAGGACAGCAGCGGGGCUGUCAGAGUGCAGAGCCUGACACAGAAGAAAAACGUCCUCAGAUUCAGCCGUUUAAGAGUUCCACACUUGGGACAAACUGUCAGCCUUUGAUCCCGGCUGGGCGAGCAGCAAUUCAAUGCUGAGGAUGGAGCCUCUGAAUAGCACACACCCGAGCGCUGCAGCUUCCAGCAGCCCCCUUGAGUCCCAUGUGUCUAGUAACAGCGGUGGUAAUGGCAACGAAUACUUCUAUAUUUUGGUCGUUAUGUCCUUCUAUGGCAUUUUCUUGAUUGGAAUCAUGCUGGGCUACAUGAAAUCCAAGAGGCGGGAGAAGAAGUCCAGCCUCCUGCUGCUGUACAAAGAUGAGGAGAGGCUGUGGGGGGAGGCUAUGAAGCCGCUACCUAUGAUGUCCGGCCUGAGGUCAGGGCAGGUGCCCAUGAUGCUGAACAUGCUUCAAGAGAGUGUGGCGCCUGCGCUGUCCUGCACCCUUUGCUCUAUGGAAGGGGAUAGUGUGAGCUCCGAGUCCUCCUCGCCUGACGUGCACCUCACCAUCCAGGAAGAGGGGGCUGAUGAGGAGCUUGAGGAGACCUCUGAGACGCCCCUCAAUGAAAGCAGCGAAGGGUCUACAGAAAACAUCCAUCAGAAUUCCUAGCAUCCCCAGGCCUCUGGAGGUGGCUCCAGAAAGCUACGCUUGACAGAGGAAAGACAUUUGCCAAGUGCCUGGUUUCACUUUUGCUCUGCAGCUACUGCAUUGAACAGACCCAGGGCCAGACCCAGGGAAGGGAGAGACAAGACUCAGCUGGAGUCCUCGAGGUUCCUGUGGUUUGGGACUCAUCACUGAAAAAGUCCCAGAGACAAUAACGUGACCAUUACUCCGGGGCCUGGGUGUUGGGGUCCCGGUUCAGCAUCUGGCUGAAUAAUGUGUUGUUUUUUCACUGGAGGCCCUGGGUAACUUCUGCUGCACCGGUCUGUGCCCAGGGCUGACAACUGCCUAGGGCAGGCUGAAGGACUAGUUUUAAUUUGCUAAUUUUCCUAGAGCUUUGUUCUUCUAGAUCUGAUUGGCUGUAAGUAUCUUUAUUAUGUGCCUAUGGCAUUUGGUCACAGACGGUUAUAUAUUUCGUUUGGAGGUGGGAGAAAGCUGCAGGCAGAACCCAGAUUGUUUGCACAAUGCAAAGAGAGAAGGUAACUCGUAUACGUGUCCGAAUUAGCCUGGAGUAUAAGCUAUGACCUCGUUUGAGCUUUUGUCUCACCUGUGAGCUUGAACUCUGACUGUACAGCAUUGCAGGUGAGCAUGGCUUUCUUUACCAGUAAGCUUCCUCCUAAACAAGCCUGCAUUCAGGGUUGUUCAUGGUGGUCCUCCUGACCUUUAUGGAUUGGGUGAUGGUGGGGUUACCCAAGUCCAUAUCAUUGACAGUUCUGCUAUAGUUCCUUUUCCCAGCCUAGUUUUCUGAGGCUAGAGAGUACCCAUGUGGGCCUCAAAAUAUGGGGUUUUGUCACGUAGCUGAACUCUGGAAGGGCAUACUUAGGCAGGAUCAUAGAGAGCUGGGAUUCAAGCACUGUGCUUCCUGGUCCGAGCCCCAAUGAUCAUCUUCUGUGAGGCCCCGGGCAUGUCAUCGUAAGACUGGUUGCCUUCAUGAGGCUCCUGAGGCUGUGCAGCCCCAGGGGGCUGGGAGGACAUCUUUAGACUCUGUGCUGUGUGAUAAAUCCUCCACAGCCUGGUGUGAGGAAGUUCGGAGCAAGUAUUUCCCCUUUGGCCGCUUCGUCUGGAGAAAGAUGUGUUGACUUAAAGGCACAGUUGGAGGCUCUGGAGAUGUGUAACUGGGGAAUUCAAGGCUGAUCCGAGUCAGCUCUCCUUACUGUAGGUUUCCCAGGAUGGGACUGAAGAAGGAGGCAGCAUGGUUUCCUCUGCAGCACUCUGUGGAUGGACGGAUGCUAACACAGUCAGUCCGGGGGCGGGGGGCGGGGGGGAGAGAAAUCUGAAGGGAGCUACUCGAGAGCAUAGCAGCAGGCUUUUGUGCCCCUCGAAGACCAGAAGGAAGCAGAAAGCUUCCCAAAAGGUCAAGUUUGCCUCUAGCGAGAGCCCUUCUUAAUUUUUAUUUAUCCUAACUCUCCCUGGAUCAGAGACAAAGCAAUUACUAAUGUCUCCGUGAGGGGUUACCAGUACAAGGAGCUGGUUUUUCAAUCAGUUUUGACACAGAGAUAGAGAGGUAGUUUAUGUUGGAGGCGGAAAGGGGCCCUCUGUUCACUUUAAGAUUCAGAGUGUGGAUCAACUCCAAAGGGGGCCGUUUAAGUUGAAAGAAGCCAAGUUAAGUUUGGCCUCUUGCCUGGAAUCACUUGAAUUCUGAAACUUUACUGCGACAGACAUGUGCGUUGUCACAUUUUCCAUUGCUUAAUCCUGGUUUGGUGCAAGUCUGUCUGCGCCUCUUACAAAGUGAUGUAUAUACUUCCUUCCAACACGUCGAGUUGUAGACAAUUGUCUGUUGUAUUUAAUGGUUUGUAAUUUUCACAUUUUUUUAAUUUAAAUAAACACAUUUUCGCUGAGAA